AGGAAAGUGGAGUUGGUGCCCCACCCUGCUCUCUGUCCUAAAAUACAGUGGGCACAUGCACAGGUACCCUCACACCAGGAGUCCUUUACUCAAAAGAGCAGUCCCUGUGGAUAGGAGGCACCCCUACUCCGACGACCCAUCAGUAAAGCCAGCCAUUCAAGCAUAUGAUAGAGUCCAUACUGACUGGCUGGGCCACUGCAAAAGUCCCCACCUGUCCCCUGUACUCUCUGAGACACUUUAUAACAUCCUUGAUAGUAACCCCCUCUAAGGGCUAAAAGACCCAGUUAUUAUAACUAAUGUCUAAACCUAAUCUAGUCUUCAUUCUUUCCUAACUCCAAACCCUAUCCUGACUGCAGUCAAAUUGUUAAACCUAUCCAACUUAUUUCUAUCAAAGAAACAUGUCAUUAUAGAAAAAAUUGGAAGUAUAAAAUAUAAACUAGAGAAAAGAAACAACUUGACCUCAUACCUAUCCAAGCUUAAAACCCAAACGAGACCUACCCUUUGUGACAUGCCAAGUGUUGCCCCAUCUGACAUCUAAAUCAACAAAUUCAUAAACCUUAGCCCCAGCUAACCAUCUGCCUGCCCAAACCUAACCACAUCCCACUGCUGGACUCAAACCUCAACCACACUCAAUCAACCAAAUCCCAAGUCUAAACUAAUCUGAAGCAUUAAAAGUAACCUAGUCUUUAAACCUACUCCAGCCCAAACCAAUUAUAUUCCGCCCCCGUCCUAGCUCAGAUGCACACUGAGUCCUGAGCUUGGACCUCACCUAAAAGCUUGGAAAAUCAAGUUUUCCCAAAAGCGACCAGCCCUCUUCACAGUACAGAUCCCAGGCCUCUGGACUGGCAUUCUAAACUUCUAGCAUCUUCAGCUGACAACCCCACUCAUCAAAUACAUACCUCUCCCCUUUGUGUUCCACCUCCAACACCCUAGACAAGAAUGGGCAGACCCCCACACUGCCACUUGUCCUAAAGGGGAUGGAUGCUAAAUCUCCCUCAAUUUAACUUCAUCCUAACACCCCACACCCAGGAACCAUAUCCUAAUACACCCACCACUGACUGCAUUAAGUCAGCCUUGUGUCCUUCAGCCUGACCGUGGUGGUGUCACCCUACCUCUGCCUUCUCACUCUUCUAGCAGGCCUGGCUGACGAUGGCUUGCAGUGCUGACAUGUGCCAUUUGCCACCCCUCAGUUCCCUUCAAGCUGCAAGGGGACCAGGGGACUCGGAGAGGAGGAUAAGGUGCAACUGGAACCCUAGCACACUGGCCUGGAGCCCCUAAGCUUGGUCCAGCCCACCACGCACAUACACACACGUUGGCAUGCACACAGUCACACACUGCCUAAGACUUCCUCAGCUGAUACAGAUAUACUCUCAGAUAUCUACUGAUAGACGUGCAAAUGCCAAGUACUUGUCCUCACGUACACGUCCCUUGCCCAUCCUUCAUCCCAUCUGGUGUCUCACUUCAAUCCUGCUCCCAGCCUAGGGUGGGGAAGACACCUGAGGGACUGCCAGCUGCCUCCACACUUGGGCUUGGCCCACCCUCAUGCUUCUUGCCCAUCCUGUCCACAGGGGACUCGUGGGGGAUGUUAGCUUGCCUGUGCACGGUGCUCUGGCACCUCCCUGCAGUGCCAGCUCUCAAUCGCACAGGAGACCCAGGGCCCGGCCCCUCCAUCCAGAAAACUUAUGACCUCACCCGCUAUCUGGAGCACCAACUCCGCACCUUGGCUGGGACCUACCUGAACUACCUGGGGCCCCCCUUCAACGAGCCUGACUUCAACCCACCUCGGCUGGGGGCAGAGACUCUGCCCAGGGCCACUGUCAACUUGGAAGUGUGGCGAAGCCUCAAUGACAAAUUGCGGUUGACCCAGAACUACGAGGCCUACAGCCACCUCCUGUGUUACUUGCGUGGCCUCAACCGUCAGGCUGCCACAGCAGAGCUGCGCCGCAGCCUGGCCCACUUCUGUACCAGCCUCCAGGGCCUGCUGGGCAGCAUCGCAGGCGUCAUGGCCUCUCUGGGCUACCCACUGCCCCAGCCUCUGCCGGGGACUGAGCCCACCUGGGCCCCUGGCCCUGCCCACAGCGACUUCCUCCAGAAGAUGGACGACUUCUGGCUGCUGAAGGAGCUGCAGACCUGGCUGUGGCGCUCAGCCAAGGACUUCAACCGGCUUAAGAAGAAGAUGCAGCCUCCAGCAGCUGCAGUCACCCUGCACCUGGAGGCCCAUGGCUUCUGAUCUCUGACCCUUACCACCUCCUCUUUUCCCCUCUGCCCCUUCAAGCUCUGCUCCCACUCUGGGUAAGAGAAACCUGUAUGCCAACACUUGUUGAGCCAGGAGACAGAUGGUGGGAUCUCUGGUCCUCCAGGCCUUGGGUGGGGGUGUGGUACGUCCUGACCUCUGCCCAGCUCCACGAGUCCUAUGGGUCUGCAGAAGAAAUGUGUCAGGGGCCAUCCUGUUUCCAGGGAGGUUAUGUUCAAGGGAGCUGAAUGGCUCAAGUGAGGGCAAAGGCUCUCACCACCUAUUGCUUGCUGCCAUCACCUGCCAGUGCCCUCCAGCCCCUCAUUUGAAGGCAGGAGUAGGGGCCACUGUAGCAUGUGCCUUUCUGGAGUGAAGCCUCUCCCACCCCAUAACUCCACAUUCAGUUCAGGAAACAGAAAGGCGACACGUCUAAACAAGAAGAGAUGGAAUGAAAAAUGGAAGGGGUGGGGUCUGCACUGGAGGUGGCCUAAAAACCAGAAGAGGUAAUACCGAAAGGCGGGUAGUCACCCAGGUAAUCAGUGGCAUAAGGUGGCUGAACGUCAGGACCUCGCCUCGAGUUUCCCUGCCGGCAUCACGUUGCCUCCUCUCUGCCCUUUCCCAGGGUGUCUGUGGUUGCCCAGGCUGGGAGGGCGGCCACGGCCACAGCCACAGGGUUUCCUGAAAGUUUACAUUGCAGUAGCAUUGCAGGGAAUGGGGACAGCUCCCCAGGCCCUGCCCCCCAGCCCUACCCACUCAUGACUCUAAGUUUGUGGUAUUAAUAUUUAUUUAUUUGGAAAUGUUAUUUAUUAGAUUAUAUUUAUUGCAGAAUUUCUAUUCUUGUAUUAACAAAUAAAAUGCUUGCCCCAGAACUCAGUCUUUUUGCUUUCCUGGUCCUCCUGGGGCACACUGUGGGCUCUCUGGGCCCCACCUACCCUGGCUCCCAUUGUCCCCUUUUCCCAGUGGAGGUAUGUGGGGCUUGAGGAGGUGACUUUCCUCCCUCUAGCUCCAGGGCAAAGACACACAACUUGGGUCUGUCUCCUCCUGCUCCCGGCUCUGUGGUGUCUUGGUGCUCCUAGAGAACUAUCGCUUUUUGCUUUUUGUCCUUCUGCCUUUGCCCAGUCUGCUUUCCCUCUGGACAUGCUUUGUGCAUGUCUCCCCUCUGGCCCCUCCUGCACUUGAUGAGCACAGCUAUACAUCUGCCCCGCUGGGGUUCUCCCCAGUCACCCUUGGGCAUUCAGUCCCCAGGACCCCUGCCAGUGGCUGUCUGAUGGGGCCCUCACCUCAACACCCUUUAUCUCCUCGAGAGAGUGAUGGACUAUGGCCAAUUCACAACUUUCAGCUGUGACUCUGUUCCUUUCUCAUAUUGUGGGAAAGAAAACUUCUAUUGAACUGAGGGAAAAUGGGACAGAUGCUAUUCAAGGGUUAAACUAUGUUAACUCCAUUUCACAGCCUGCCAGCUGAAUGACUUUAGAUAAAUAAAAGCUUUCUGUCUCUGGUCUCCAUCUAUAAAA